AGGGCUGGCCGGCGGUGGCAGCGGCGGCGAUGGCUGCGGACACCGAGUGGGCUUGAGGGCUCGGACCUGCACCCUCCCGCGCGACCUCGGGUCCGACCCGGCGCUGCGGCCUCAGCUCGCUCCGCUCCUGCUCCCUCCCCGGCGCUGCCUGGGCGGAGGCGGAGUUGGUAGCGGUGGCGGAGGCCCGGGCUGGCCGCCCUGCUCGUGCCCCGGUUCGGCUCCGGACGGCCCCGACUGCUGUGCGGAGAGGAGGCCGAGUCGGUAGUGAAAGAAUACUGAAGAAUAGGAUCUCAAGAUGAGUAAAAAGCCCCCAAAUCGUCCUGGAAUCACUUUUGAGAUUGGUGCUCGUUUGGAGGCACUGGACUACUUACAAAAAUGGUAUCCAUCACGGAUUGAAAAAAUCGACUAUGAGGAGGGCAAAAUGUUGGUCCAUUUUGAGCGCUGGAGUCACCGUUACGAUGAGUGGAUUUACUGGGAUAGCAAUAGAUUACGACCCCUUGAGAGGCCUGCACUGAGAAAAGAAGGGCUCAAGGAUGAGGAAGAGUUCUUUGAUUUUAAAGCCGGAGAAGAAGUUCUGGCUCGUUGGACAGACUGUCGCUAUUACCCUGCCAAGAUUGAAGCAAUUAACAAAGAAGGAACAUUCACAGUUCAGUUUUAUGACGGAGUAAUUCGUUGUUUAAAAAGAAUGCACAUUAAAGCCAUGCCCGAGGAUGCUAAGGGGCAGGUGAAAUCCCAGCAUCCACUAAGCUGGUGUUGUCCUAUCGACCCAGCUGGAUCGUGUAACCAGUCUAUGGGAAGUGAGGAUUGGAUAGCUUUAGUCAAGGCAGCUGCUGCAGCGGCAGCCAAGAAUAAAACAGGGAACAAACCUCGAACCAGCGCUAACAGCAAUAAAGAUAAAGAGAAAGAUGAGAGAAAAUGGUUUAAAGUUCCUUCAAAGAAGGAGGAAACUUCAGCUUCUGUAGCCACACCGGAGGUGGAGAAGAAGGAAGACCUGCCCACGUCUAGUGACACAUUUGGACUUCAUGUAGAGAACGUUCCAAAGAUGGUCUUUCCACAGCCAGAGAGCACAUUAUCCAACAAGAGGAAAAAUAACCAAGGCAACUCAUUUCAGGCAAAGAGAGCUCGACUUAACAAGAUUACUGGUUUGUUGGCAUCCAAAGCUGUUGGGGUGGAUGGUGCUGAAAAAAAGGAAGACUACAGUGAAACGGCUCCAGUGCUGGAGCAGGCGAUUUCACCUAAACCUCAAAGUCAGAAAAAAAAUGAAGCUGACAUUAGCAGUUCUGCCAACACUCAGAAACCUGCACUGUUAUCCUCAACUUUGUCUUCAGGGAAGGCUCGCAGCAAGAAAUGCAAACAUGAAUCUGGAGAUUCUUCUGGGUGUAUAAAAUCCCCUAAAUCACCACUUCCCCCAGAAUUAAUACAAGUCGAGGAUUUGACGCUUGUAUCUCAGCUUUCUUCUUCAGUGAUAAAUAAAACUAGUCCUCCACAGCCUGUGAACCCCCCUAGACCUUUCAAGCAUAGUGAACGGAGAAGAAGAUCUCAGCGUUUAGCCACCUUGCCCAUGCCUGAUGAUUCUGUAGAAAAGGUUUCUCCUUCCUCUCCAGCCACUGAUGGGAAAGUAUUCUCCAUCAGUUCUCAGAAUCAGCAAGAGUCUUCAGGACCAGAGGUGCCUGAUGUUGCACAUUUGUCACUUGAGAAGCUGGGACCCUGUCUCCCUCUUGACUUAAGUCGUGGUUCAGAAGUCACAGCACCACUAGUGCCAGAUCCCUCUUACCAUAAUGAAUGUCCCAGGGCAGAAAAGGAGGAUACACAGAUGCUUACAAAUCCUCCUUCCAAAGCAGUAACUGACGGAAGAGGAGCUCCAACAGCAUCAGGAAUAUCGAAAACAGAAAAAAAAGUGAAAUUGGAAGAAAAAAGCUCAACAGCAUUUGGUAAGAGAAAGGAAAAGGAUAAAGAAAAGAAAGAGAAGAGAGAGAAAGAUCACUACAAACCAAAACAGAAGAAGAAGAAGAAAAAGAAAAAGAAAUCUAAGCAGCAUGACUAUUCAGACUAUGAAGACAGUUCCCUAGAAUUUUUGGAAAGGUGCUCUUCUCCACUAACUCGAUCUUCUGGGAGUUCUCUGGCUCUGCGAAGCAUGUUUACGGAGAAAAAUACAACAUAUCAGUACCCAAGGGCAAUUUUGUCAGUUGAUCUUAGUGGUGAAAACUUAACAGAUGUGGAAUUCCUAGAUGAUUCUUCCACGGAGAGCUUGCUUCUCAGCGGGGAUGAGUACAAUCAGGACUUCGAUUCAACCAAUUUUGAGGAAUCUCAGGAUGAAGACGAUGCUCUUAAUGAAAUUGUGCGAUGCAUUUGUGAGAUGGAUGAGGAGAAUGGCUUCAUGAUCCAGUGUGAAGAGUGCCUGUGCUGGCAGCACAGUGUGUGCAUGGGUCUGCUAGAGGACAGCAUCCCAGAGCAGUACAUCUGCUACGUCUGCCGAGACCCCCCUGGUCAGAGGUGGAGUGCAAAAUACCGUUAUGAUAAGGAUUGGUUGAAUAAUGGGAAAAUGUGCGGGUUGUCAUUUUUAAAGGAAAAUUAUUCUCAUCUCAAUGCCAAAAAGAUAGUUUCCACACAUCACCUGCUCGCGGAUGUCUGUGGUGUUACAAAAGUCCUGCACGGCCUACAGCUGAAGAUUGGCAUACUCAAGAAUAAACAUCAUCCUGACCUUCAUCUCUGGGCUUGUUCUGGGAAGCGAAAAGACCAAGACCAAGUAACUGCUGGGGUAGAGAAAAAAAUAACAGUGCAAGACACGGUUAAUCUGGAAGAAAAGAAAUAUCAUGUACAAAACCAUAAAGAACCACCUCGUUGGCCCCUAAAAAUGGAAGGAACUUAUAUAACAAGUGAGCACAGCUACCAGAAACCACAAAAUUUUGGUCAAGACUGCAGAUCUCUUGCAGAACCUGGGAGCUCAGAUGAUGAUGAUGUUAGCAGUUUUGAAGAAGAACAAGAAUUCCACAUGAGAGAGAAAAGCCGUUUACAAUACACGGUGAAAGAAGAUGGAAUGCUUGAAAAGAAGCCAGCUGAAAAGAACACGGUAUUUGUUUAUAAUGAUAAGAAAAGCACAGAAGACCCGGGAGACGCACACCUUCAGUGGCAGCUCAAUCUCCUCACGCACAUAGAGAACGUGCAGAAUGAAGUCGCCAGCAGGAUGGACCUAAUAGAAAAAGAAGUUGAUGUUCUGGAAAGCUGGCUUGAUUUCACAGGGGAGUUGGAGCCACCUGACCCUCUCACAAGACUGCCCCAACUCAAACGCCACAUCAAACAGCUUCUGAUUGACAUGGGCAAAGUACAACAGAUAGCAACUCUUUGUUCUGUAUGACAGCAGUGAAAACCUGCAGAAAAGAGUGUGGCUCUCCUCAGUCCAGGAAGUUUUAUUAUCCACGUGACUGCUAAGUGGAUAGUUCAAAAGCUUAGUGAUGUUUGGUCAUUUAUUGAUUUGUGACAUCAAUAAGAGCACCUUGAAAGGGAAAAUGAACAACUUUAUCAAGGAAGCUAAUAUGAAAAAUUUGUGAGUAAGCUACAAAUAAUAACGUGCUAUAUGCCAAGGAUGAGCGAAUGUAGAAUCUAAUCUAGACGAAGGGAAUUCAACUGGCAGGAUUUUUGAAUGAAAGCUCGAGAUACCUGUAGAAAGAAAUAUGGUGUAUUUAUAUAGUUUCUAGUAAGAAAAUCCACGUUUAUAAACCAGCAUUUGGCCAAAAACAAAAUGGUAGGGGGAAUCUACAUUCUGGAAAGUUCUUUAAGGUUGCUAUAAGAACUGUCUUUGCAGUUGCUGCAGCUGCAUGGAAGGUUGGGGUAUUUAAACUUGUAUAGGAUCAUGAGCUGUUUCUUAGGUGAUGAAUGUCCUUAAUCAGAAAACUGACAGCAGAAGUCUCACUUCUGGGGAAAACAAUUGUGGAAUUUUUACUUCAUUAUGAAUCUAUUUUAAAAACAAACACCAAAUAAUUGGAAUUUAUUGCAGGCAUUAAAGCUCAUUGAAAACAAAAUGGGUGGCAGAAGGGUCAGUGUGCCAAAUGAUGAUGAUACUGCUGGAAAGAGAAUUUUAAAUACCGUGGGAGUCUCCCACCCCAAGUCUUACAUAAUGCCAUCAGUCCAUCAGAAACAUAUGUGUCGCAUAUGCUAUAUAUAUAUAAUAUAUAUGGUUGAAUUGCAGUAUUCAGGCUUCAACGUACCAUUUGAUCCUGAGUAUGCUUGGUGUUUGCCUUCAGAAAAUAAAUUGUACAUAACCUCGGCUGGGAUGAGGAGUGACAAAGCUAUCAAAAUGAUUUGUGGCUGUGGAUUUUUUUAAACUGCUGGUAGUGGAAUACUGGAAAAUCUUCAUUUCUGAAGAUGAAUUUUAUUUUUUAAAAAAAGUACAUGCGCACUCAAAACUUUUAGCUUUGGUCACAAAUGGACAAAUUCUGAAACCAAAGGCAACUAAGUUGCUGUGUUAGCUCUUGCUGGAUUUCGAGCCCAGGUCGUCCUGUCCGCAGUGCCCCGUGCUCCACGCGUAGGUCUGCGCAAGUGUGGAUGCUUGUUUGAAACAGACGCUCAACGUCCAUAUGUACAUAAUCUACACAUAUUUAUAUCUACACAUAUCUAGUUUUAUUACUAUAGACUAUAAGAAUUGGUGGUUAACAUGAAAUGUUACCUUUUAACAGACUGUUUUUAAAAAUUACAAAUGUAUGUACAGGUUUUGAAACUUUUUUAAAAAGGGGGAAAAGACUGUUAAGAGGAGGCUAUGUGAUGACAUGUAACACUUGAAUAUUUUAUGCCUCGUUCUGUUUAUCGGUUCUAGCAACCUGUAUAAAUACGUUUUAGAACUGAUGAACAGUAAACUUGAAUUUAUCUUUGAUAAGAAUACAUGCCACUGUACAUUCAGAUAUUAUUUAAAUUUGCAAACACACUGUUCUAUAUGUAAGGUACUGUAUGUAAAACUUUAUUAAAACUAUUCCACAUAUCUUACAUUUUCAGCUUGCCUUUUUGCGGCCUUAUAUUUUGAUGUAAAGAUGAGGAAAAGUAUGUGCUAAGUAGUCAUUAGAAAUUUUUCUUGCCUUUUGAGAUUCUCCAACUUGACAAAUGUGCCAAAGAUCAACCGACAUAGAAUACAGUCGUGUGUAUUUACUUAUGAUACAUUAACCUUGUCAAAGAUCUUACUGAGAAAUGAAAAGCUUUAGUAGAGGUGAUAUUAUGGGGUAGUUGCUUAACUUUGCAUAUUAAAGUAAAUAGUGCCUGUAUCCCAUGUGUGGAGUAAAUUUGCUAAUGUCUGUAUUUCAAGAUUGAUAUUAUAUUCAUUUGUCUUUUAAAAUAAGAGCUCUAAUCUUUGCCCGAUUGUGGUUAAAUUCUAGACAUUGAAUUCAUUUCUUUUCAGAAAGGGAGCAAAUGGCCUCCUUAACCUAUGAAUAGCGGUGUAGCCUAGAUUCUUGUCACAUACUCAGAAGACCCUUUGUACCCAGUAACACUCAUCUUCUCAAUCCAAGGCGACCAUGGUUAAAUUAAUGUGCAUUUGUUCUUGUCGUAUACUAAAAUUAGAUCACUUUGUUAGCCAGAAAAUGAAGUUCCGUUAAUAAUUAGAUUGCUAACAUUUUUGUUCUGCUUCUAUGUAUAUGAAUUGGAAGUCAGAAUUUUUUAAUUUAGAUUUUUAAAGUAAAUCUAUGUCAAAUUAUAUGUAUGUACAUAUUCAUUGAGUAGAGAGUGUAUCAACAAUCAGUUGAAGGCUUUUUAGCAACUAGUGGGCUGAGCAUUCCUUGUGGAAGAGAGUGAAUUAGUUUUUGAAAUUUUAAGUCCAUGGUGAGGCUCAGAUGAGUUGAUUAUCUCUCCACUUAGUCUUACUUUAAAAAUCGUAGGUAUAUAUAUUUAAACAUAAGCAAUAAACUUGUGAGGGUGUUUCUUGAAAAGAUAACUUUUCAUUGCUACCCAGACAGAAUAGAAUGAGGAUUGGUGGGGAGGGAUCAUUCUUAGUCUGUUACCGAUAAAUAUGAUUUGCACUUUGUCACACGGUGUGUGGUUCUGCUGACUUAACUGUUUUCAAAAUUAAGGGUAAUCCCCUCUUUACUUUAGGGAACUUGGUGCUUCUCAGUUAAAGCCCCUUUGCCUACGACUCAUUUCCACUGACUUACUAUGUUCACAUGCCACAUGUUCAAAAUGAAGCACCCCAUUUCCCCUGCAGUCUCCUGGAUCUCCUGCCAGCUUCAUUCUCUCUGCUAAUAACAUUACCCUGAGAGCCCCAACAUGGCAACUCCGUCUUCCCCCACGUGCAUUUCAUCACCAGAUGUGCUGGUUCCUCAAGAUGUGUGGUGUGUU